UUCUUCUUUCUUCCCUCUCUUUCUCUUCUCAUUUCUGCAAUUUUAUGCAGAAAGAGGAGAGAGAAAGAGAGCGGAAAAACAAAAAAGAAACAUUUUUCCUUUUCCAUAAUUUCUUACAAACAAAUAAACUCGUCAAAGAAAAGUUGAAAAAUAUUGAAAAGGAUAUAUAUUUUAGCAACAUAACUAAAAAAAAUAAUCCAUUCUUUAUUAUAAAUCUACCAAAUUUUAUAUUUUCUUGGAUAUUUAUCAAGAAUAAGGGGUUUUUAUUUGUUGGAAAGAAUUGGCUUUUGAAUAUCAAGAAUUAUUAUCUUAUUAUUAUUUCUCUCCAUUUUUAAUUAAAUGGAGGGAGUAUCUGAUAAUGUUCAUGGUGUUAUAUUAGCAAUAUCAUCCAGUAUUUUUAUUGGUUCCAGCUUUGUUAUCAAAAAACAAGGUCUAAAGAAAGCUGGUGCAAAUGGAAAAAGAGCAGGUUCAGGAGGCCAUUCCUACUUGUUGGAACCUUGUUGGUGGGCUGGAAUGUUAUCUAUGAUUGUUGGAGAGGGAGCUAACUUUGCAGCUUAUGCAUAUGCCCCGGCAGUACUCGUGACACCUUUAGGAGCUUUAAGUAUGAUUGUCAGUGCAGUGUUAGCCCAUUUUAUUUUGAAGGAGAGGUUGCAUAUGUUUGGUAUAGUUGGUUGUCUCCUCUGCGUGGUUGGAUCAGUCACUAUUGUCUUACAUGCCCCAUUAGAGAAGAGUAUUCAAUCUGUCAAGGAUGUCUGGUACCUAGCAACAGAGCCAGGGUUCCUCGCCUACACUUUCACAGUUCUGGUGCUUGUACUUAUCCUUAUUGUCCGGUAUGUGCCUCGUUUUGGGCAGUCUCAUUUGGUUGUCUACAUCGGGAUCUGUUCACUUGCGGGUUCUCUCACGGUUAUGGGUGUCAAAGCAAUAGGAAUUGCUAUAAAGCUCACAAUUGGAGGGCAAAAUCAAUUCAAGUAUUUUGAGACAUGGAUUUUUAUAGUGCUUGUCCUCAUCUUUUGCCUUUUGCAGCUAAACUAUUUGAACAAGGCACUUGACACAUUUAACACCGCUGUGGUUUCCCCGAUAUACUACGUCAUGUUUACAACACUGACCAUUCUUGCAAGCAUGAUAAUGUUUAAGGACUAUGUUCAUCAGAAUACGACACAGAUAAUUACAGAGUUAUGUGGUUUUGUAACUAUCCUCUGUGGUACUUUUCUCCUUCACAAAACAAAGGACAUGGGAAACAAUCCAUCCAUACCAUUACCUGUUAUCGUUCCAACAACAGAUAUGGAUUAUAAGCAAGAAAGUGAAACCACAAAAGUUACAGUUGAGGUUUGAAGAAAAUGGUGUAGGGUUUUGAUCGGUAAUUGCAUCAUCACGAGAGCACAGGGAAGAUGGAGACACUCACUCAUAAAGAAGGAAGAUAGAAGCAUUCCUCAUUGGAUAAAACAGAAGGCGAAAAUGAGGUGUGAUGGUUUUUGACAGGUUGAAGCCAAUGCUAUACUAGGAGGACAUUUCAAUAUCAUUCUUUUUGUUAUUUUGGCUUUCGAAAGAUUUAACAGUGUGGAAACCAAUAUCCAAUUGACAUGCUUCUUCGAAAUAUAUAUACAGAUAAUAUGAGAAAAGAACUGAAAUUUUGUUGUUCCAGACUAGCAUUUCCUUGUGUAUACAGGUCAUUGCCUGUAUCGAGAUUCUCUUGUUACUUUGUACAGUUGGUUUUCAAUGU